ACACGUUCUGAGCGGCUUCUUUGAAGGUCGUGAUGAGAGACGAAAGAAAAAGGGUUAAGGAUCAGGAAGGAUCCGAGAAACGUGAUAGUAGACGUCCUUUAACUGUUCGAGAUGUGAGUUUAAUUCGCUUGGCAAAGAAUGGGGAUUUGGAUUCAAUCAAACAAAUGAUAAAGGAAGGAGUAAACAUAAACGAGCAAGAUGAAACAGGUUGGACUGUAUUGCACGAAGCAUGUGUGCGGAACCUUCCACGUAUGGUUGAUUAUUUGCUACGACAUGGAGCUGAUCCUAGUAUCUCAAACAUAAGCGGUGAAAUGGCACUUCAUUGUGCUGCGCGAGUAGGAUGUCUGCGUAUUGUUCGAGCGCUCAUAUACUACAACGCCGACCCUUUGGUGUCGAACCAUAGGGGUGAGAAACCUUUGGACUUGUGUCAUGACCCUGAGGUAUCCAGUUUUCUCAAACAACAUACUGAAACUAACCAAUCACACAUGUUAACAUCGUCUGGUUCUGGGAAAUCAUCACAUUCGAAAGUUCGCCAACAUGCACACGGUACAAAACAUCUGAUGUCUUCUUUUUCUGGUACGACAAUAUCCAGUUCUACUGAAUAUUAUGGUGGUGGGGGUAAAGAUAACAGUAGUAUAGCAAGUCCAUCAAAUGUUUGUUCAGACUCAGAAGAUGAUGGUCAUUCGCAUUCAGGUUUGAGUGUAACUACCAAUACAUCUCACCAUAAUAUUAGUCCUAUUAAUACUAACCAGCAGUUAGAUUUGAAUUGCUUAUCAUCUACCGGUCAUCAUAACCAUCCAACAUCUAGCCCAUCAUUGUCGUCUGUACCCAAAUCCGUAACUGAUGUGCACAUCUCUUCAGCAAAGUCAUUGAAGAAAGAUCCCUACGCGUUUGAAGAUGAUGAGAAUGAUGAGACGGUGAACAAUUCUGGGAACUCACUACUUCAUUCUGCGUCUGGUGUUAAUAAUAGUAACAAUACCAAUACACAGGCGACAGGACAUAUUGGAGUUCAUUCUGGUUGUGGUGUUAGUGCUGGUGCUCCAGCCAAUUUGAAUAAGUCAACUUUUUCCAAUUCUACCAUUUCUUCUUCUUCUACUACUACUAUUACCACCACCACCACCACCAUUACUACUACUACUUCUGUCAAUACAAAUACGAAUACUAGUCCAAAUAGUAAUAUCAGUCUUGGUAGUAUUGAUUCACUUUCAAAGCACACACGCCAACUGUCUUCUUCCAAUUUGUCAACAACUGUGGAGUGUGGAAAUACCACUUUGGAUAGUAAUAACGAUAAUACAUUGACGACAUUGACUGGUACAAUCAAUAGUGCUCUUACUACAACUACUGCUCCCAAUAAUAGUAGCAAUUACACAACUAGUAACAACAACUGUGCUAGUAUUGGUGGGCCUCCACUUCGGCUUCGUUUUGCAAAAGAAGCCGGUCAAUAUACUUUGAUGGAACAUCAACAACAACAGAUUGAUUUAUCCCUUUCGAAUUGUGAUGCAAAUCUUGUUCCUUCAUCAUAUGGAAUUAUUUGCACAACAACUGAAGCAUCUCAUGUCACUGUCAUUAGUAAUAGUGACAACGAUAACAAGAACAUGAAUUUUCAAAUGGAUAUUGAUAAUAAUAAUAAUAGUAGCGAUAAUGUCAGUAAUGAGCAUAACUCCAAUAUGGGUACAUCGAUGACGAUAAAAGUGAGCCAAUCACCGUAUCAGGUGAUGAAGAAUUGAAUCAUGUGUCUACAUCAUGCCAUUCAGAGUCAUCAGGAGGCGAAGAAAUCUCGGCACAGAAGGUUCCUCCUUUACGCAUAAAAUUUGCUUCGGGUACUUCUGGAGAUGAGUCAUCAUCAAUGACGUCGUCGUGCAUGUCAGUCGGAGCAACUGGUGGUGGAUCGGCAAUUCAUGCUAUUAAUAAUGUGGAGAAUAAUUGGACUAAUGAGUCGAAUAUGAAUGAUAAAUGCGACGUGAAACCCCGUGUAUCUGAUGAUGGUUUGAUGACUGUGAAUAACAAAAGUGAUGGUAAGGAGGUUGGAGUCACUGUCUCUUCUCUGGUUUCGACGAGUGUCGUUUCAUUGAAUGCUCCAGUUCCUGACAAAGUUUCAUGUUCAAGCGUGGAGAAUAUCGGCGACGGUAACAGCGGCAGUAGUACUACUACCACCAUUACUGCUACCGGCACUACCGAAACUGUGCACGAUCAAUAUUCUAGCUAUCAUGAGAAGUUAUCUAAGUCUUGUGAUCAUGUUGUUGCAACGAAUGUACACCAUGACGAAUCGAGUACAGAGUUGUCCAUAUCUUGUACUCCCCCAUCAACAUGUAUCACUAGUGCUGGGAUGAACACUAGUGUGAAUAUUACGAGUGGUGUUAACACUGUUGAGAUGAAUAGCAAUCGUAGUAAUGCAAGUAAUGCUAAUCGGGUGAAGAUGGAUAAUACGCUGGAGACGAGUGAGUGUCAUGGAAAGAGUGGCAAUAAUAAUAGUAAUAAUAAUAAUAACAACAACAACCACACGCACAAUCGAAGUAAUAAUAAUAGUAAUAAUACGAAUAAUGGUAAUCGAGAAGUGUCAAAAGAUACUCAUCGACAUCGUAGUGGGCGUACAUUACGUUCACAUACAGCUGCUCAACGUGAAAAAGAAGAAAAGGAACGUCACACGGAUGACGCUACUCCGAUUAAGAAGCGUAAACUUCGUUCUCGUUCGGAUACUGUGACAAAUCAUGAGAAUAUCAGUCACCAGAGUCGUAGUGGUGGUGGAAUUGGGACAGCAAAUGCAAAUAAUUCACCUGUAACAACUGUUCAUGCUGGUUCGUCAACUGAAUCUUCUAAUGUGUCGUUGUCUUCAAAUGCUGUUGCAAACAUGGAUGUGAUUGAAGAUACACAUGGUUGUUCAACUGUGACUGCUUCUUCUCAAAGUGACAGUUAUAUGGAUAAUGAAGAGAAGAAGGUGUCUGUCGGGAGCUCUCAGUCUACAGUGCUGACGGAUAAAGAUAGUACUGAUGUGCAUAUGACUUGUGUUUCUGAAAUGGAAGGAGGAUAUUCUGUUACAUCGUCUACCACCACUUCUUCUUCUACUAAUACUACUGCUACUACUACCACUCAUACUCAUACUCCUACUCCUACUAAUACUACUACUACUACUACUACCACUACUGACAAUGAUAACAGCAACAAAAUGGAAGUGGAUGUGAAACCAGAGAUGUGUGGAACUGCUGUGUCAGUUGUGACAUUGAAUAUGGAUGGAUCGAAUGAUGUGAAUGUCGUGUCAUCAGUCUCCGAAGUAGGAGUGACGACGGUGGUAACAACAACAGUAGGUGUAGCAGGAAUAGCAACAUCAACUCCAUCAUCAUCGUCAUUAGCGGAACAGAUAAGUGGAUGCUAUAGUGAAGCAGAUUGUGAUAUGAGUUAUUUAUUUUGUCCCUCUGCUCCUGGAGAUGAAGAUCGUAAAGAUGUUGAGUUGUUGAAAUUUCAAAAUCCAUAUGACAAAGCUGCUGAACUGAACAAGAAUUUGCGUGAACUUGUCAAUAAUCUGGUGAAGGUCCAUCCGAAAGCACCUUGUGGUUAUCAAGAUUACCUGUUGGUUACUCGUAAUUACCUAUUGGCUAAUCAACUCUCAUUUGCUACAUAUGUGAAACGUUCAGCACCGAGUCAUUUGGAAGCGACGUUUGUGGAAUUAUUCAAUGAACAAGAAGAAGAACGCUAUGCUCAGGCAUUGAAACACCAAUCAGAACGAGAACACUUACAACUGGGCGCAGAACAAGCUGUUUUACGUGCUCAAACACGUGGUGCUUUAGCAGUGGCCAAUCAAUCGAAACCAUAUUCGUUUUGUUCAAUAUUAUCCUAUAAUGAUUUGACGUAUAUUCCACCAGUUGGGAAAUUAGAGAAUCGAGAAGAAGAGAAUAUACGCGAUCGUUUCACCCCUCGUACAUUUAUCGGUUGGCUUCAAGACAUUAUCGAUACAUUUCAGAAUGAAAAGAAGAAAUUACUCUGUCGACAACUUCAUGAGGCUGAGUCACUAAUGAUGGUGCAGAAACUUGAUUGGGAAAUGAAAACGCGUGAAACAUUGGCGUCGAAUAUCGAUUGUAUUGGUGUUGUGGAUGUAUUCAAAGACAUUCCAGCUAAUUAUGUUCCACUAAUCCCAGUGCCUAAUGAUUUUCCACUAUUCGCUCAUGAUCCGGUACAUCGAACGACAACGACUACUACAACAACAGCUGCGCCGGUGGCGGCGGCGACAACAGCGACGACAAUGUCAACCACACCGAGUACUCCGAUCCCCAUCACCCCUACUACCAACACCAACACACACACUGCCGUCAAUCAUAGCCCAACGGUAUCAGCAACGACAACUACGCUGACUAACAACUCAUGAUUGAUAUGAUGAAGGGGACUUGUUGUUUUCAUUUUCUUAGUGAUGACAUUUAUGCAUUUUGUCAUACUUCUCCUUUCUUAGCUUUGAUUUGAUUUUGCCUUCUCAUCUCAACAAAAACAGCCGGCAAACUACUGACAUUCUACUUCUUCAUCCUCCUCAUCACAUUGACUUUGUGUUUGUGUGUGUCUGUUUGUUUGUGUACAUACUUUGUGUGCUGAUGGAUUGACUAAUUUUUUAAUGAUUUUCUGUUGUCAUUAUCUUUGUCCUCGUCAGUAUUUAUGGGAUAUUAAUAUGUCUACUGAAUGUGUAUCUGGUAGAUUGAUGAUGAUGAACAGUUCGUGUAUAUGUGUGUGUGUUGGAGUUUUAUUUCUGUGUUGUGGUGAAACUGUCUUUAUGAUGUAAUUUGCCAGUGUCAGUAUGACUGGUAACAAUAAUCUUUGUUAAUUUUACUAUGAUUUGUAUAGCUUCUUUAUUUAUGUAUUCAGCCACUUAUUUGCGUAAUUAAUUAAAUGCAUAUGUUUAUGUACCUGAAUUAUGUAAGUAAAUAUAUUUAUUUUUUCUUUGGAAUAGUGGGGUUUUCCCCUCAUCUAAAUGAUACAGUAUGGUGUCCAAGUUUGAAAAUGUAGCGGAUUUGAAAUCCUACGAUUUUCUCUCAAAUUGUUUUAAUAUCGCUGUUUAUUUGGGUGUUUGUCAUCGUUAGACAAAACUGUUGGUACUAAGCCGUGGGAAAUGUUUGAGGGUAUGCUUGUACGUGACUGUAGUGUCCAGUAUCGGUAUACACAUUUGAUUAAGACGUUUGUGCAAGCGUCUGGGAUUUUCUAGAUGUCCACAAACCAAACUUCUAGACAAUAAUAUUUGGUGUGUUGUUGUGUUUCAGAUUGGUGUUUCUCCUUGUUGAUAUUGUUGUUAAGAUGGAAUUUAUUUUAGGGGGAAUGAUUUUUCAGUUGACGAGUAUAGGAAGAGUGACUUAGAAACGUGCAUGUUUUGAUAACUAAUCAUUAAAAUUAAUAUUCAAGACUUUAGAAGGAUGUAAUAAAAUGAAAUAGCCGUUCGUUACAAUAAAGUGUUAGCUGCAUGAAAGAAUGAUGGAUUUCAUGUGUCUCCUUUGCCCACAGAUUUCACUUUCGAGAAGAUGGAUUGCUUGUGCUUCUGCAGUGUUUAUGUUAAUAAUUAACGCUGAUAUCGAGCCAAAUCUUUUGGCAGUUCAGAUAAUUUGAAAGAACAUACCAAGUAAGGCGAUGUGACUGAAGUUCACAGAUUGUUUUAAUAUUGAAGUGUUGAUUGUUUUACGUUAACCUUCCGUAAGCUACUCAGGAUUAUGUUUGGAGAUAGGUGUGGGGAGCGCUUGCUUUGUGUGGUCGAUGUAACCUGUUUCAUAAGAGCAGGUGAAUUUCUAAACAGAUUGACGUGACCCAAUACGAGGAUUUAUCCUUGACACAUCGACGGAUGAUGGGACGGUUGGAAAAGACAAUUCGAAGCUUGGUGGUAUGAAAAGCUUUCCCGGAGAUUUCUGUAGGUGAUUCAUCAAAAUUUCCACAGUGAUGUUUCCCUUGAACUUGAUUUUCAUGGAGAGUUCCCAGGAACGGUGUGAGGUCUUGUAGAUUGUAAUCUAGGUCUGAUGUACCGGUCAACAAAGCUGAAUGGAUAGCCGUUCUUAAGAAAUAUUUGUCGAGUUUGGCUAGUUUAUCGUCUAUCAUAUUAUCCGAGCAUUUUCACUUAACCGUUGAUGAUAAAGAUUGAAUUAGUUUUCUCUUUCUAUUUAAAGGGAUCCAGCCGUAACUAUUGGUAUAUAAUCCAUUCCAAGUUGGUUUUCGUUAUAUCGACCUUCCGUAAUGUACCAUCUUGUCUUCUAUUUAAUGAAACAUCGAGGAAAUGAAAUUUUGAUUCGAAUGUAAAUUUGAUGUAUUUAGGGCAACUACUGAAUGUUAUUUUAUUUAUUUAUUUUAACACAUAGAUAUUGUACAAUGAGGCACCAAAUACAUAUACGCCACACAAAUCUCAUUCGAUAUGUGUGAGGGCUGUGACACUGCCCGGGUGCCCAAACGGAACCAGGUGGUUUUCUUAGGGGGCCGCUCCCCGAGCCUUCGACCUGAAGGUCUGAUCCACAAGACAGUGGAGCAUCGUAAGGAGAUGCAGUCUUAUGAUAGCCGGUGACCAACGGUUGGUUCAUACACCAUUUGUUCCGUCGGGAUACUGGAGCCCAUGUGCACCGUUGGUUUGGGAGCCGGUUAAAGCGCCGGACAUUCUCUCUUCUUCCUCUCAUUUUCGUAAACUACACCCCCGCUACGAGAAGGCAGUGAGUAGGACUUCCCUGGCAGAGGUUGUGUGCGUGUGUUCAUGUGAGAGCAUGUCGAGAUGGAGGGAUCACCCCACUCUUGGCCAUACCAGGUCAUUUGGGGGCCUUAUCUAGGGAUUCUCAUCAGCCCUACUGGUCUGGUGUGUGACGAAAUCUCAGCAUGGAUACAGAAGGCUCAACUAUUGAAUGAGAGAGAAAGAGAGUCCUGUUUGCAUUACAUAUAAUUGUCAUGUUGUACGUGAUAUUGUCUAGUCAUAUGUGUCCGUAUUUAUUUACACUGUGAAGUUGCUUUUUUCAUAGAUCAUAAUUUCUUGUUAGAAAUUGGGUGUAUGAUUAUUAAAGUAAUAGAUAUGUAGCUAAUCUAGUUCUACAUGUUUUAAUGUAUUAAAAGUUUUCAUAAUGUAUCUGUAUUACCGUACUGCAAGCAUCUAUAAAAGCUGUCUGUGUUUGUGUGUAAACUAAGUAAUGAUGUCGGUAAUAUGUUUAUUGGAGUGAGUGUCCGAAUUAUAGUCUUCAUAACAGAUUGACCACCGGAUAUUUAUAUAUCAUCGUUUAACAGUUAGAAACUAAACAGAGAUAUUAUUCCAUAAAGUGAAAUGAAGUUAUGUCAAAUAUAUGCCAUAAUUUCUGAAAUCCAUCAGUUGAUUGAUAAAAAUGACAAUGCUCAUAUAUUGACAACAAACCUAAUAUAUUAGACUAUAUCAUAGUAGAAUUCAUUAUAUUUAUGGUUAGCGUUUUUUUAGCUAGUUAGUUUUCUACAGGAUUGGGUCGCUAACCCCAUGCCCAAUCCUCCUCCUUUACCCGGGCUUGGGACCGGCAGUCGCACUAGAAGAGCUACAGGCGGAGUUAGAAUUCAUUACACACAAUGGGAAUUAGUACAAGUUAUAAGUGUAUACUUUUUUAUUUUGUUUUAACGUAAACAAUUUAAUGUAUUCCCCCAUGUGGUUUUAUUUAAUUUUACUCAUAUUCUAAACAUCACAUGUAACAAUUCCAUUCUAUAGUCAUAUGACUUUAAUUUGUCCAUGUGUUUACAUUUUAGUUGCUAUGUCUAUUAUGAUAGUUUUGUUUUAUAUAUAUCUCUCUGUUCAUUGUGUGUCCAUCUGUCUAUAUUUUCUUUUGUUGUUGUUGUUGUUGUUGGAAUUAUUGCUAAGAUAGUAAUUAUUAUUUUCGAUAAAAUCUAAAAUUGAUAUUGUUUAUGAAUUUUAAGUUGGAUUGAUCACUUUAUUUUUUCCACUUACUUAUGCCUUUUACUCCCAAUGAAACAUAAGCCACCUGAAGUCCCUCUGGGGCUACUGCCAGUCCCAAGCCCGGAUAAGGGAGGAGGGUUGGACUAUGGGGUUGGCGACCUUAUCCCGUAGAAAACUAACUCGCUAACAAAACGC